AUGGAGCCGUCAACGCUCAACGUCGCCCCGUCCGGGACCAAGACCCAGUGGGCUAAACCUCAGGACUGGGAAAAGUUUCGCAACACAAUCACCGCGUUGUUCAUGUGCCACUCGCUGCCUGUCGUGAUGCGUGUAAUGCGUGAGGAACAUCAAUUUCAUGCGACUCCCAAGAUGUUCCAGUCCCAAAUCUAUCAGAAAUGGGGCUUGCGCAAGACAAAGCCAGGAGAGGCAAAGAAGGAAGCCAAGGAACGCAAGAGGCGUCGCCAGGACUCAGAGGAUGCCGAAAGCGUUGGCUCCGACUCUCGAUCUCGUGAAGCUGCAGAUACCAGCUCCAGUACGGCUGGUAGAAGCAUCGAGUCUACCUCCCCAACCGCCGCUACUCAUCGCCAAACCAAUGUAGAGAGUGGCCGGGUCGAGCCAUCUGUUCCUAGUGAGGAUGGCGCUGUCCCUUUGGGCACAGCAGAUGCAGUUCCGCCUGCUGAACAGCCCAAGACGCGCAAACCAGAUUACAUAGUACCUGACCUCCAAGGUGCGGUUCCGAAAGGGUGGAAAGACUUCCUCGACCAAAGUCGAAUACACCCCCCUCCUUUUCUUCCUUCCAACAAUAAUCAAGACGUUUCGUCAUCCUUUGUCUCGGAACUUCAUGGCGAUGAUGAUGAACCACAAUCUGCAGAAGCGAUGCCGUCUGCGAGACCUCGGUCGCUUCGCUCAUCCACGAAAUCCCGCCGAGCUUCCCCUAAUUUACCGGAAACUGAGCUUGGAUUAUCGCCGCCCAACAGCGCCAAGCGUGCACGAUACCUUGCCAGACUUACCGAGCCGCUGGGUACAAUACGCGCCCUUGAGUCUCAUCCAUCCGAUCUCCUUCCGGAGAGGUCCAUGUUCUACGCGCGACACUUCAUUUCCUCCACGUAUGCCACUGGAGUAUGGUCACUGGCAACGGGAGACACGUCUCGAUAUGAGGCUGAUAGCGCCAAGCUAGAACAUUGGUACAACGACUUCAACCAUGGUUUCGAUUGCCUCAGAGAAAAGAAGGUCAAAAAGGCCUUUCGGAUCAUGAAGCGCUGUUUUGCCAAUACCAAAGGCGUAAUUGAGCCCCAAGAUCCCCGGGUCGUCAUCUACAUGUGCCAACAGACAAUACGCUGCAUGUUUUAUGAUAGACUUGGUCGAAAUCUGGCACAGACUCUGCUGAAAUACAUAGCCGAGUUAUGCCAUGUAAUAUUCGGCGCGCAUCACCCAUUGUUUAUUGUCUUCAGCCAAUUGUCCACUCUGGGCAGUUUUGAAUUCGCCCAACUCAUUCGGCCCUUCAUGGACUGCUAUUUUGACCAUUUGGAGCCUUUCUUGGAGAAUUUUACCAACGUUUUCGGGCACAUCACGGAGAUGCGCGGGCUAACUACCAGCUUGAUGGAAGCCACUGGCAUGAUGGGAAUAUAUGAGGCCAAGCCCGUCCUUGAUCGACUCAUUCUGCAUGCGCAAAAGAAGAACCUCCCAACUUUACAUUUGAAAGCCGAACUCGCCUCAACCCUCUCGCGUAAUCGAUUUUUCAACGAAGCACUUUCCAUUCUUAGGGAUGUUCGGGAGUCGGAAGAGGACUGCCCUUACGAGAAAGUCUAUGCCGGCAUCAUUCUGAUCAUAACGCUCCUGAGGAUGAAAGACUUGGACGGGGCAAUCGAGGUCAACCAGGAGCUAGUGGACGAGCUCAGCCGGCCUCCCAGCACGUACCCUGGAUAUCCCGAUAACAUGACUGUGAACUGGGUGCAGUAUUUGGAGUCAAGGGAAAGUAGUCUACUCUUGCUUCUUGGCAAGUUGGAAAAGAAUCUCAGGAACGCCGGACGCAUUGAGGAAGCAGAUCGCGUCCAGAAAAGACUUGACGGCGAAAUCAUACAAGAGUAUGGCGUCGAAGUAGACCAGGACCCUGAAGGUUCACUCUAUGCUUUGACGUAA